AUGAGAAAAUCCCGAAACGAACCAGUUGCAAUUGUCGGCUGUUCUCGAGUUUGCCGGCGACGAAAGCUAUUGGGUCUUGACCGGGACGUUGAGACGAAGCUUUUGGGACCGGUCUCGAGGGCUAAGGUGGCCGGAAGUGGUGGCGGCGUGGAUUUUUCUGUUCGGGUGAACAGUAACUCUGGAGUUUUUACGUAG